AUGAUGUCGCGCACAGUGCUACUUGCGUGGCUUGCGUGCAGUGCCAGUGCGGGUACGGUCCAAGUCUACAUGCAUGAUUUCAGUGACUCAUCGUGCAGUGGCACGGUCAGGAGCACGCGGAACUUCACUCUUGGAGUUUGCAGCACUGACGCAGAGACUGGUGGAACCACAGACGCUAAAGUGAACUACAGCUGGAUGGUUACGUGCAACUCCGACAACGACAUCUACGUAGUACAGCACUUCGCUCCAGGUUGCAUGGGCACGUCAGAUGGCACCGACCGCCAAUCCGGAACAUAUACACCUAACACCGGCGGCUGCACAAACCCCAUGUGGAUGGAGGGGAGGGGGAGCAUGAACGCCACUCUUGGUGCCGACGACUGUGGCACCACCACAACAACCACGACUACGACCACGACAACAACAGGAAAUGACACGACGACAACAACUGGCGCAGGAGGCUCGACAUCAGGAAGCAGCGGUUGGGGCAAUUUGCUACCCAACCUUGUGGCUGUGGCCGUGUCCUUCCUUGCCAUGUACUGA